CCUCACUUUCCAUCCAAAUCCUUUCCUGUUCUUUCCCCCCCCUCCAUCCCGGUCGCAGAACCAAAAUCAAAACAACACAAAAGCUGGGUCCACCACUGGGAACAAAUCACUGCCAAGAUGCCGCGCCUGCCCGGGAUCUUUUCCGAAAUUCAGUUCCGGAACAUGAGCUUCCUGAUCAUGGACUGCCCGACUGAAAGCAACACGGCAGCCUAUCUUGAGGCGCUCAAGAUUCAUCAUUCUACCGUCAUCAUCCGGCUCUGUGAGCCAACGUACUCCAAGGAUGUAUUCGAGUCCCAGGGCAUCGCGGUUGUGGAUCUACUCAUCAAGGACGGAGGUGUUCCGACGAACGCAGAAAUCGAGACCUUCUUGACGGUGUGCACCAACAGCUUCGGCGGACUCGGUGUCGAAAAGGAUCCGUCCGCCACUGUGGCCGUCCAUUGCGUUGCCGGACUGGGCCGCGCCCCGCUGAUGGUCUGCAUUGCCCUGAUCGAAGCCGGCAUGCCCGCUGACGAGGCUGUGGCUCUGAUUCGGGCAAAGCGCCGGGGCGCCUUCAACCCGAUCCAAACCAAAUAUCUGCUUGAGGAAUACCGCCCGCGGAAACGAACGAGUCUCUUUGGCCGGUUCCAGCGCGGGUCGACCGGCGCUCUCAACCAGCAGCAGCACGAGGACAAGAGCGGCGCCGCUGCCAUCUCGGGCUUUCGCAAGCUGUUUGCCAAGAAAGUCAGCUCCGAGUCCAGCUCGUCCUAGAAAAGGCACACCCCUCCUUUUUCUUUGGCGCUCGAUGAUUCCGAGGCCGAGAGGCGUAUAUCGUGACUGUUGAGCGGCGCUUGUCCGUCAGCCACUGUCGCCAUAUUCCUGAAUACACGAGGCGGCUGCGCCGUGAAUAGUGAAAUACGAUCGCGCAUCUCGCA